AUGAAAUAUGCAAUUAUUUCCCACAACAUUGAUUUUGUUACAUUCUUGAUGAAUGAACACAAUAUAAAGAUCGAUUUAAAUUAUUGUGUAAUAUAUAAUAAUCUUGAAUCAUUUUUAGUUUAUUUUGAUCAAAUUAAUGAUAUUCAAGAAUGCUUUAAUUGUUCAAUAAGAUUUAAUAUCCCAUCCCUUAUCGAAUACUUUCUUACACUUGGGGCGAAUAUCAAUGAAAAAAUAACAGAGGGGAAACUGUUCUUCAUCUCGCAGUAUUGA